AUGUACACCAGAGCAGCUACCAGGCCCCUCCCGGCCCCUCAGGGCCUCGCAGCGAGGCCGAUCGCGGUCUCCCGCCCCCUGCACACGGGCCUCUGCGUCCCCCCGCUGCGUCCCGCCGUCCACAGGCGGUCCGUCAAGGCGCACGUGGGCCUCAACGAUUGGGGCCUCCUGGACAACGACGCCAUGGUCGGGUUCAGCCGCACGAAGGCUUACAGCUACGGCGUGUGCGGCGCCAUCGCCACUGGCUUCCUGGCGAUGAUCGACGCGGGCUUCAGCGGGGACUGGUCGCGCAUCGGCGCCAUCUCCACCGACGCGGAGGCGCUGUGCCGCACGAUCACCUACGUCGCGCUCCCGGUGCACGGCGCGAUGGGUCUCUGGGCGGCGAGCAUCGCGGCGGACAAGGGCGAAAACGGCGCGCUGUGGUUCCUGAAGACGACGUUCGUGGGGACCGCCGCGCUCUUCGAGAUCCGCCACCGCGAGCCCGCGGAGGCGAGCUGA